AUGUCUCCCGUUUCCUUAUUUUCCCGUUUUCUCAUGUUUCAAUUGCCUGGAUUUCUUCUCCCGACCCCUACGCAAACCGUUGAAGAUUCGGAAAAUGAAAGUGAUCACUAUUUCCCUAUUUUUGAGGGACCAGUAACAAAAAUGAUCAAAGUAUUCGGAAGAGUUCAUUCAGCACGUAAUACAUAUUACCAACCAAAAGAGGAUGAGACUUGCGAACAACAUUGUUUUGAAACGGAUCACUGUAUUUUGACAAGGAAUGCCUCUAAUUUGGAAGUGGGAUGCCUAGAACUUAAUCAUUUGGAUCGGAACAUCAAAUUUAUAAUUGACAGAGGAACUUCUGGAAGCAAAAUUUCGUUCAAGGUAAACCAUUUUUUAAAUGUAAUCAUCUCUGAGACGUCACUCUCCCCGACAAUAAUUGUCCCGCUCAAUGAAAUCAAUUAUACGCUAAAUCUUUCAUCCGGUGAAGUUCUAAACUGGAAGCAAACCGAAUCCGGAUGGGAAUGGAAGCAGUGUAGACAGGGAUGGAAGAAAUUUGAAAGAAGUGAUGGGACUACUGUAUGUUUGCAAACUUUCCGAGUUGAUGAAGGAAUCACUCGCGGUGCCUCAAAAACUAAAUGCGAAGAAAUUGGAGCCAAAUUAACUGGAGUGGCUUCAGUGGAAGAGUCAAAAUGGAUUUAUGGAAAACUAUUGGAGUCGGGGAGUGUAACAGAUUGGUAUUCUUUUUGGAUUGAUGGACAACGACAGUGCGAUUCAUUGGGAAAUUGCAAAUUCGAUUGGUCUGAUGGCUACACCAAGAGUCUCGAUGCUUUGAACACCUCCACCAAUUUUCAUGAAUCAAAAGGCGGAGAAGAUUGUCUUGCUGUUUCCUAUAUGACAGCAGCGCCUUCGAAAACUAUAAACGACUGUUCUUGUAUUGAUCAUAAAAAUCCCGCAGGAUACGUUUGUGGUUACCAGUUGAUAUGA